UGGACGUUGGCACACGGGCGAUCUCUCGCGGUUCUUAGCAAGUUCUGUGAGUUUUUUUGGAAACUGUACAGUAGCUUUAGAACAUUUGCACCACAUCGAACGCGGUGAUAAACCUGUUAUGGCAAGGGAAUGUUUCUUGUGAAAUUUUGCCUCUGCAACAGUUAAUUUCUCUAAGCAUCAUCAUUUUCGCCACCGCAAUUGGCUUGAAUAGCGCUCUAUGAUAGUGACCUGAUGGACUAAACCUUUACAUUUCUACUCCAGAGAACGCAAGAUAUUAUCCCGCAGCAGGACUGUAGCGGAAAACAGCACAAUGAUGAACAGGAACGGAAUGGUCACAAAGAUUCGCACGCGGAUAAGGACCGACCCCUUCAAGAACAACUAUGACCUGGUCGGCAGAGAGCUUGGCAGGGGCAAGUUUGCAGUAGUGAAGAAGUGUGUGGAGAAGACUACUGGCAAGGAGCAUGCUGCAAAGUUCCUGAGGAAAAGGCGUAAGGGUCAGGACUGCCGCAGCGACAUUCUGAACGAGAUCGCGGUGCUGGAGUCAGCGGAGACGAGUCCCUAUGUGGUGGCACUGCACGAGGUCUAUGAGACCACCACAGAGAUCAUCCUCGUAUUAGAGUGUGCUGCAGGAGGUGAAAUUUUUAAUCAGUGUGUUGCCGAUAAUGAUGAGGCCUUCACAGAGAAAGAUGUCAUCCGAUUGGCCAGACAGAUUCUGAUGGGCGUGGCCUGUCUCCAUCAAAAUAACGUAGUUCAUUUGGACCUUAAGCCUCAGAACAUCCUGUUGACGAGUGCUCAGCCUCUGGGUGACAUCCGCAUCGUCGAUUUUGGCUUGUCUCGGCGGGUGGACAGCGUGACGGAGGUACGGGAGAUCCUAGGCACUCCCGAGUAUGUGGCUCCUGAGAUCCUGGACUAUGAGCCCAUCACCACAGCUACUGACAUGUGGAGCAUUGGGGUACUGACUUACGUGAUGCUAACAGGCGAGUCACCUUUUUUGGGAGAAGAAAAGCAGGAGACCUUCCUGAACAUCUCCCAGGUCAACGUGGACUACUCGCAGGACGUCUUUCAGGGCAUCUCAGACCUCGCCGUAAAAUUCAUCAAGUCACUGCUCCUCAAAAACCCCAGAAAACGAGCAACUGUGGAACAGUGUUUAAAUCAUCCCUGGUUAAGGGUCGACCCUCAUCACCACACUGUUGACGAGCAAGAAGCCAGCCAAUCCGAAUCAGAGCCUGAGAGUCCCGUCCCUUCCCCAGAACUUGUUGUCAUCCCUUCAUAUCCCACCUGCCCAGGGCAGGGGGAGCUGAAGACCGGACGGGACACUUUCAUUUUCAAAGAGUCGUUUCCAUCCCGUCCAGAGAUACAACAAGAGCUCAUUUGUUAAGUGAGACACGAUUGCCCGAUCGGAGGGCCUCUGUGUUAAUGACCGAAAGACUUAUCUGAACUGGAACCGGUGCGGCCUAGUUUGGACUGGACAGCGGCGGUCUACUCAAGUGUUUGCAGUACCUUUGUAUGUGCGUGUGAAGUCUUUGUGUUGUCUUGUGUAGGACACGUGAAUGCGAGUCAACCUCACCACAGAGGUGUGCGCGUGUCUACAACAGAUCUGAAUGAGAUUUUAUUAGCCCUUAAUAAAGCAUACUUGAGCUCUUGGUCAAGGUUCUUAACUCAUCAGUGCACAGCAACAAACUGUUUAUACGUUUAGAGUGGACUGAACCUUUUCUGCUGUCUGUACUUGGUCCAAAACUCAAGUCGGAGUCUCCCCAGGAAGCGCCUGCUGCCUUGUAGGAAGGAAAUGGAAAGUUCUGAUGAAUCGACUGAUGUUUUAUUUAUCGCCGCUGUUCAUUGGAUCAACGUUUUAUGAAAUGAAAAACUGACGCUGCUGCUUUCUUCAGAACAGUAGAUUUGACAUCAUUCUGCUUCUUUAGAAGUGGCAUCUGCAUUUUAAAGAACUGAUUCACAGAGACUACUUUUGUUCUAGCACUUUUGGUGAAAAAAAAAAAAAUUAUACUCAGAUUUCUCAAGCACAUUUAAGUAGUUCAAGAUGGCAUGGUCGUACACAUCUUCAACCACUGUUUGUUUGGUUUCUCACACCAUUUCUGUACCACUUUUUCUGUUAUUCAUAACAAGUUUGCUAUAAUUGCACAAAUGUACCAUUUGUAUCUUGUACCGUUGUUUUGUUUUCGAGGGGCAUUUUUGCCUUGUUAAUAUAUUCUGUAUGUUGUUGUGUCUGGUAGGGCAUCAUGGGUAUCGUGAGGUAAAUUUUCCAAGUCGUCAUUGAUGGAGUGGGCUUAUAACCGAGGGCCACUCAGAAGGUUUUCUGGGAUUUGUGCGUUUCAGACAGUUGUGGGAGAUGUUUGCAUUUUGAAAAGAACCGAGCACAACAUAACAAAAGGCUUUGAUAAUUGUAUAUUUUUUAUUUUAAAAAAGAAUGUAAAAAAAAAGUAUUUUUCUACAGUUGUGGUAUUUUAUGAUUAAUAUGAAAAAAUAAAUUGUAAUAAUUUAGUUUUUUUUUUUUUUUAAACCAGUUAUGCUUAAAGUUUGCACUUGUGUCCAGUCGGACUACUUAUAUGUAUUAUUGGCAUGCCUGGCAAGAUAUUGAAGAAAAUAAAUGAUCAUUUUGUAUUAAACUAUGAA